AUGAGUGACAAUGAUAUUUCACGAAGUCUGGUCAUAUCUGGAUUGCCGUCAGCAUUGCUCAGAGACACUGCGGAUGAUUUCGCAGAAACAAUAUAUGAGUUACUGGAAACAACGUUUAAUGUUAGACGAGAUGCUGUUAUUCGCUUAAUAAGAUCACCGAGAUUGGAAGCAAGUCAGGAUCAGGAGGAAUUUGGUUGCAAAUGUUUGAUAUCGUUCCGUUCAAGACUAGAUUAUCAUAGCGUUAUUGUUCAAAAGUCAAAACUGGAAUCGCCGACAUCAAUUUCAUCAAUAACAAAGAUUCCGUGGGACAUCACGCGGAGUAACGAGGAACUCUCUAAAGUUACGGACAUGUGGACGAAAGAUGAUGAAAUGCGAGCAAGUUUUUUUGAAAAUAUUCUUUGA